CUCUCCUCAUUGCAAGCUUUGGCGCGUACAGUAACCCGUGGUAACGGUGAUUUUUUUGGAGUUGACCUGAACUUCACGUUAGCUUUUACUUUAGAUUGACUGGAAAAGUAAAUGACCUGUACCUUUGAGUGAGGGCGUCUCUGACGUCUAAAAUCCAGAACAAUAAUGAAGACGGACAAAGAUGCCGGUGACAUGCGAGGUGUGACAGUGAACCGGUUCGCGGAAGAUUCAGAUGUCCACGGAUGUGUACUGCUGAACACCUCCAGGAGAUAUGUGAAGCUGAUGAACUUUGAGGAGGAGGUGCGCGCUCACCGCGACCUGGACGGCUUCCUGGAGCGGGCGAGCAUCCUGCUGCACGAGGACGAGGCCUCGCUGGACGACGUGCUCAAGACCAUGCUGCGCCACGUCUCGCAGGACCCCCACACCGCCGAGCCCGCCUGCAACUUCGAGGAGAUCAUGAGCUCGCUCUUCACCGACGCCGGCUCGCAGGAGGUCAAUGUGCACCUGUUAUCGGAGACCCUCCAGUGCGUCACGGCAACGGCCACGGGAGUACAGUACCAGCAGUCCUGGCUCUGCAUACUCUGUAACGUGAAGACCCUGCAGCGAAGGCAUGUGUGUAUUUCUCGGCUGGAGCGGCCGCAGAACUGGGGGGAGAACUGCGCAGAGGUCCGCUACGUCAUCCUCAUCCUGUCACCGCUCAAAAUGAAAAGCACUAAGACGGCUAUGGAGCUGGGCCGCACGUUUGCCACCAUGUUCUCAGACAUCUCGUUCCGCCAGAAGCUCCUGGAGACCAAGACGCAGCAGGAGUUCAAGGAGGCCCUGGUCAUCCAGAGAUACCUGCUGACCUCCGCCAAGCACAAGCCGGUCACCACAGAGGAAGAGGGCACUGACCCACACAGCCACAAGCCACUGAAGUGUAGAGAUUUUUUCCGGUUGGGGAGAGGGAUCUAUGAGGAUUUGUGUCGACGUCUACCUCUCUACGCAUCUGACUUCACAGAUGGUAUUGUUGGCAGUAACAAAGCUCUUGGGAAGUACAUGACCACAGCCAUCUUCCUCUACAUCGCGGUGCUGCUUCCAGCCAUCGCUUUUGGCUCACUUAAUGAUGAGACCACACGCGGCGAGAUAGAUGUGCAGAAGUCGAUCAUUGGGCAGAGUAUUGGUGGGAUCAUCUACUCCUUGUGUGCCGGUUCCCCACUGGUGGUGCCUCUCACAACAGCUCCCAUUGCUAUAUUCAUAGGAGUGAUCCGGGGUAUCUGUGAUGACUAUGACCUGGACUUUGCUGCGUUCUACGCCUGCAUCGGGCUCUGGAACUCAUUCUUCCUCAUCCUAGGAGGAGUCUUCAACCUCAGCCUCCUGGUGAAACUCUUCAAGAGGUCAAUAGAGGAGGUGAUCGCUCUCUUCAUCUCUAUUGCUUUCGUGGUGGAUGCAGUCAAAGGCACAGUAAAAAUCUUCCUUAAGUAUUACCACCCGCCCACGCUGGCCAAUGGCACCUUUGCGGAGCUGCAGCGCGUGAACGGGGGCAUACUGGACGGCGGGGUCAACGUCACGGCGGCGGGGGUCGUGACCCUCCCAGAAUCCUUCAUUCUGUGCACACGGGCGCGGCCCCUGCUCUGCCUGCUGCUCAUGCUCGGCACCCUGUGGCUGGGAUACACUCUUUACGAGUUCAAGAGGAGUCCGUUCCUGCAUUAUAAAAUCAGGGAGCUUUUGUCAGACUGUGCUCUGCCCAUCUCUGUGCUCAUAUUCUCCUUCAUUGGGUCAUAUGUUUUCAAUGACAUCGGCUUGCCGGUGUUUGACUUCCAUCGGGGGCCGUUGUUCCGUCUGGCUCCGUUGGAGAAGCUGUCUGGGGCGAGUGUUCUGAGUGCCAUGGGCCUGGGCUUUCUGCUAGCCCUGCUCAUCUUCAUCGACCAGAACAUCGUGGUGUCGCUUACCAACGCCCCCGAGAACAGGCUAGUUAAAGGCACAGCAUAUCACUGGGAUCUGACACUGUCGGGGAUUGUCAACAUCCUGAUGUCGGUGCUGGGGUUGCCAUGGAUGCACGCCGCGUUCCCUCACUCUACCCUUCAUGUCAGGCAGCUCGCCUUCGUGGAGGAACGAGUCGAAGGGGGACACCUCUACGAGACCAUAGUGAGCGUGAAGGAGACGCGCGUGACGUCGCUGGCUGCCAACAUCCUGAUUGGCGUGAGCGUGUUCCUGCUGCCGGUGCCGCUGCAGUGGAUCCCCAAGCCCGUCCUGUACGGCCUCUUCCUCUACAUCGCCCUCACCUCCAUCGACGGCAACCAGAUGUGCGACCGCAUGGCACUGCUGCUGAAGGAACAGACGUCCUACCCUCCCACCCAUUACAUCCGUAAGGUCCCGCAGAGGAAGAUCCAUUACUUCACUUUCCUGCAGAUGGUGCAGCUGCUGUUCCUCUGUGCGUUUGGGAUGUACCCCUUACCCUACAUGAAGAUGAUCUUCCCCCUGCUCAUGAUCAUACUGAUCCCUAUCAGGAAUUGCCUGCUCCCGCGCAUCAUCGAGGCUCGCUACCUGGAUAUCAUGGACGCGCAACACAUGUAGAGAGAGAGAGGGAGAGAGACUGAGCCGAGCCGCAAAGCCCUCUGGGGGAUGUAGUUCUGGAACACAAAACACUGGGAGGAAACAGUCUGAUUUUUAACAGGGAACUGCAGCUGCACAGGUGGAGCUCUGGAAUGAAGAGAUGCAGCAAGGAAGAAGGAAGAGGAGGAGAGGAGGAGGAGGAGGAGAAAAGAAAUGGAAUAAUGGACAGGAAAAAAUGAGAGAUGAAUAUAUAUCUACAGAAUGAUGAAUAAUUGAGAGAAAAACAUAUAUAUACAUAUAUAUUUAUGUUUUAUAUUUUGAAAUAGAAGAAGCUGAAGAGGGAGUGAGAGAGGGAGGGAGAGAGGAAGAGAGAGAGAGAGAGAGAGAGAGAGAGAGAGAGAGAGAGAGAGAGAGAGAGAGAGAGAGAGAGAGAGAGAGAGAGAGAGAGAGAGAGAGAGAGAGAGAGAGAGAGAGAUUGCUCCCGGGAUCAGGUGUGAGUUGAGUUAGAGAUACAGCAGCCUGUAGCAGUUCUAUCUGACCUCCAUUCCUCUCCACUGUUUUCCCCUUUGAGUUCCGUGCCAAAGAGUCACCUUCAACUCUCGUGUGUGUGUGGUCUGUGUGUGUGUGUGUGUAUGUAUGUGUGUGUCUGUGUGUAUGAGUCUCUGUGCUUAAUUAUACAGACCCACACACACACAAAAACACAUACACUCAUUCGUACUAGAAUGCACGAUGAAAAAAAAUUCUCUCUUGAAGUAGACCUAUACUUAUAAAACACACACACACACACACACACACACACACACACACAAACAUACACACACAUAGAUAGACACACACACACACACACACACACACACUUUCCCAUGCACAUACUGUCUCAAAAAAAAGUGACCAAUCCAAUCUCACAGACAUUCCUUUUCAUAAUGGUACACUAGUAUACAAAUUAAGGAGACAGCACAGACCAAAAUGUAGAAACAUACCCUUCUCUGAAAGCUGUGUAUCAGAGCAAUAUCCAUAGUGAAUUAUCUGAUCAGUAUUUUAGAUAUUUCUAAGAGAGACGUGUUUGUCAUACUGUUAAUAUAUAGAUCUCUAGUUUGGAUACAGGUGUUAUGUGUUAAAGUAUGUGUUCUGAGUGGAGUGACAUCAGACUCUGGAAAGGAAUCUGAAUCUGUUAAAAAAGUUUGGGCUCAGUUUUAUCGAGGCCUCACAGUCACACACACACACACACACACACACACACACACACACACACACACACACGCACACAUGCACGCACGCGCACACACAUACACACACUGACACACAGACACACAGACACACACACACACACACACACAGACACACAUACACACAAAGACACAAAGACAAAUAUAUAGUCACACAUCCAUCUGGUGAAAUAAAGCAUGGCUUCUCUGAAUCAUACUGAAGACUAAAGACAAAAAAAUGCCUUUUCUAAGUGAACCCAGGGUUGUUUUAUUUAUUUUGAACAAAGAAAAUAUUAAAGUUUAUUAAAGUUGAAUUAAAAAAAAAAGAUUAUUUGAGUGCACAGAGACACAGAGCAAUAUAGAGACAGAGAGAAACAGACAGAAAGAGAGAGAGAGAGAGAAAAAGAGAGAAAUGUAUGGUCCAGAACACCAGGUCGUCAGUGUCCUUAUGAGAGAGAGCAUGACUGAAACGGGUCCUACUCCGAUCCAGACGUGACCAGCUUUGCAGUCUGCUACUCUAUUUGGGUGUUCUUUGUGGCAAAUGCCCAACAACGGAAACGAUUCUGCAUUAUUUGCGCCCUUCGACCCCCUGUUGGCUCCAGUAUCCAGUAGCCUCACUUACCCAUGCCCAGAUUGCACAAAAGUUGUUUUUAAAUUAUUAUUAUUAUUUUAUUAUUAUUAUUAUUAUUAUUAUUAUUAUUCAGGGGAGGCAUGAACGCCUGGCCAAAUCAGACGUUUUUUUCACUUGCAGCACUGAGCCCGCCUGACAUAGCUGCUGGAGAUGAGAGUGAAUCACUGAGAGUUCAUUAGUUUCCAUCUUUAAAUAUUUAAUAUCAAAACUAAUUUCCAGGGAACUCUCCAACCAGCAAUAAUGUCACUGUGAGUUGUGAGUAGGCCAACAUUACUUUUGGGGUUUUUCAUUUCGUUUUGGAAAAAAAAAAAAAAAAACACACCGAAAGUACAUUUAGUACGCUGUUUUUUUUUCCCUUCAUAUUUUCAAAUCCUUAAGAGUUUAGCCUACUGUUAUGUGUCAGUUCAUGCACUGCCCAUAUGUCUACUGCUUCAGCUGGCAGCACUGCUGGGAAUUGCACCAAUCUCCCAACUGCUUUGGUGCAGCUGAGACAUACAUUAGCCAAGGCAUCUCAGUCAGUCGAAAGGGUAAUAUAGACUAUCCACUCAUGCUCGGUCAUGACGAUGCAUACGACACAUUGAGCUGCACACAUGAAGGCCGAGGCUGUUAGAACAGAGCAUCCUGAAACUGUAUGAACCAUCACGGCAUCACUCUACUCCAAUCAUAGGAAGCAUAUCAGUUCUGUAUAUACAGUAAUGAACGUGUGUCCAAGCAAGCAAUGCCAGUGCUCGAGCCAGUGUGGCAUUUUUUUUAUCAUGCAACGGAUUUUGCAUUCAGUCACUAUAGGAACUGAAGGGCCUGGAAAAUGAUAAAAAAAAAAAAGUUCAGCCCCCCAUGUUUGGAUUACACCUCAGACUAUUUGCAAAGUGUACAGCAUGAUUGUUCAAGUCUUGCCCCAUCAGCCAACAAAAAGUUUCAGUUCAAGUGUUUUUCUUUUUCUUUAAUGAAACAGAUUGAGGGUGGGGGGAUACCUAAAAAAAGAAAGGAAAAGUGAUAGAUAAAAGGAAAGACACAAUUAGCAUAAUCUAGCUAAAUGUAAGUGAGGUCUCAAGAGAGAGACAGAGGAAGAGGGUGGGGAUUAGAAGAUAUUAUGUACAGUUUUUUCAAAGUGAAGUUCCGUUUUAUCAAUCUAUCAUACCAGUUCAUACAUUAGUCAUCCCCAACUCUCUCUCUCCUCACUUUAUCUCCAUGGAGACAAGAGAACCUCUGCUCUGAAAUGGUGUUGUUUUUCUGUUCUUCCGUCUGUGGGUGAUCCAACAGCGCCCCCUCUCUGUCUUUUCCCAAAUGACAUUGGAUCCUCCUCAUGAUUACUAUCAGAGUAUUCCUCUGUUUGUGAACCUUAUAUCUGAAUUUCUGGUUUGUUUAAAGAGUUAUGUUUUGUGCUGUUCUGUUCCUUCUGUUUUUAGCCUUUUUUUCUAAUCAUGAAUGUACAAUGUGUAGAUUUUUAUAUAGCAUUUAACAAAAAUCAUUGUCAAAAUAAUACUUUUGUCAACAGAUAAGCUAAGAAUUUGUAAACUGCAUUGUGAACAAAUGAGAGAAAUGUCUAUCUGAGUGAUCGUGUGAGGAAUAUGAGGUUUAUGCUAUACACUGAAAAUAAAUCAUUUCAAGCUGGUUGCCAAAUAAA